AUGUCCCGACAUAGCCCCUACACACUCAUCGACAACUUUGGCUUUGACCUCGCGGCGGACUCCAACGAGACCCAUCUCGUACAUAUCGAUUCCACUGGCUUGUCUUUCCCUAGGGAACGUAUCCAAAGCUACACCAACGAGGAUGAUGACUUCCUCCCCUUCCCUAGGAACGUAGCCGACAACGGAGGCGGGCAGUGUCCCGUGAAGUCCCUGCCUAGAAGAACGUAUCGCAUCACGUCGUCACGAAAACGUGAAUGA